GCCAAAUAUUCAGGUCAAAGUAUUCUUCUAUACAAUUGAGGGUUGUCCGGGGCUUCAUACUACAGCUAGGAGUUCUUGUGGCUCUGGUAACGAGGGUUUCCAUUAGUUCUGACGUCUUAGCUUGUCCACACGAGCACUUUUUUCUCCGAAGGGCAGCGCUUCAGGAAAAACCUCAACAACUUUUUUUUUUUUCCCUCACCCUCUCCUCUUCCUUCCUCCUUCAAAGACAACCACGUCUUACAUCUUCUCUCCUUCUCUCCUCUCCCAUCCUCUCCAUCGAUACCUAUUACCUCUCUAAUUUUCACAUCGCAAUGGCUGCUCCUAUGAGAAUUGGCGCCCUCGCCCUGAGGAAUUCUCUGUCUGCUUCAACUUCCUUCGGCAUUAAAAGAGCUGGUUUCCGCUACUAUUCAUCCGUUAAGCCCAAGGUUCGUUGUUGUUAUGUUCCACUCGGCGGGCUUACGCUAACCCAGCAACCUUAUUUAGACUCUCAAAGAGACUUUUGCUGCGAAGAUCCCUGAGGAGAUCGAGAAGAUCACGAAGCUGAAGAAGUAUGUCGGAGUUGCUCAUUUUUCGAGUUGUUAGUUUCUGACAUAAUUUGCAGGGAGCACGGUUCCAAGGUCCUUGGUGAGGUUACUCUGGACCAGGUCUAUGGUGGUGCUCGAGGUAUCAAGGCUCUUGUAUGGGAGGUAUGUGCUAUCUGCAUCUUGUCUUUCGAGGUGUUGAUGGGAUGGCUGGUAUCUAAUACAUUCCCAGGGUUCCGUCCUUGACGCCGAGGAGGGAAUUAGGUUUAGAGGGAAGACCGUAGGUUCCUCUUUACAAGAGCCUCCGGGCCGUUUGAUAUAAUCUAAAUUUCCCUGGCAGAUCCCCGAAUGCCAGGCCGUUCUCCCUAAGGCACCUGGUGGAGAGGAGCCACUUCCCGAGAGUUUGCUCCCCCUCCAUACCCGCCAUUUUAUGUUCAACCGCUGAUGUUUUACUAGGUAUCUUCUGGUUGCUUUUGACUGGAGAAGUCCCUACUGAGCAGCAGGUUCGCGAGCUCUCCGCCGAGUGGGCUGCCCGUUCUUCUGUCCCCAAGUUUGUUGAGGAACUUAUCGACCGAUGCCCCAACACUCUCCACCCAAUGGCGCAAUUCUCUCUUGCCGUGACUGCUCUCGAGCACGAGUCCCAGUUCGCAAAGGCAUAUGCCAAGGGUCUUAACAAGAAGGAAUACUGGAAUUACACCUUUGAGGAUUCCAUGGAUUUGAUUGCCAAGCUUCCUACUAUCGCUGCUAAGAUCUACCGCAACGUCUUCAAGGAUGGAAAGGUCGUUCCUAUUCAGGCGGAUAAGGAUUACGGUUUCAACUUGGCCAACCAGCUUGGCUUCGGAGACAACAAGGACUUUGUUGAUCUCAUGAGGUUGUACCUUGUUAUCCACUCCGAUCACGUAUGUACUCACAAAGCAUCUGCAGGAUAUCUAAGCUCUUACUAACUCCCCCUAUAGGAGGGUGGUAAUGUCUCUGCCCACACCACCCACUUAGUUGGAUCGACUCUUAGCUCUCCAUACUUGUCGCUCGCAGCUGGUUUGAAUGGCCUUGCUGGCCCUCUUCACGGAUUGGCCAACCAGGAAGUUCUUAACUGGCUCACCGAGAUGAAGAAGAAAGUUGGUGACGAUCUAAGUGACAAGUCCAUCAAGGGCUACUUGUGGGACACCUUGAAUGCUGGUCGUGUCGUUCCCGGAUACGGCCACGCCGUCUUGAGAAAGACCGAUCCCCGUUACAUGUCCCAGCGCGAGUUCGCUCUCAAGAAACUUCCCGAGGACCCAAUGUUCAAGCUGGUCAGCCAGGUCUACAACAUUGCUCCCGGUGUCCUCACUGAGCAUGGAAAGACCAAGAACCCCUAUCCCAAUGUUGACGCUGUAAGUUUCUGAAUAGUCCUAUAGUUUCCUUUUGAUAUUGACAAAUUUCUCCAGCACUCUGGUGUCUUGCUUCAGUACUACGGACUCACUCAGGCCAACUACUACACUGUUCUCUUCGGUGUUUCCCGUGCAUUGGGUGUCCUUCCUCAACUCAUCAUUGAUCGCGCUGUGGGGGCCCCUAUCGAGAGACCCAAAUCCUUCAGCACCGAGAAGUACGCUCAGUUGGUUGGUGCCAAACUUUAAGUGGUUCCAUCAGAAUAGCGAUGCAAAGGUAGAAAAAACUAGCGUGUUUCGUUUCUUGUAUUGCGUCUAGAAAAAAUCAUUUCCUCAAAGGGUGUAAUCAUAGGGCUUAUGUGGUGAUGACUCUUGUUUUCUAUGGGCUUGAAGGGUUUUGCUUUGUUGGAAAAAUAGAAGUGUGGGGUUUUUUUUGGAUUAUAUAUCAAUGAGCUGUUUGAAACAGAUAUUAUGAUCUCCUCUCAAAAUAAUUAUAAAUUAAAAUAUAUCGGUAAUUUUUGAAAUUUUCUUUUUUUGGAUGAAGGGGGUCGUUGGAAGGGGGUGGUUUGUUGCUGAGUUGGUGAACUGGAGUGUUAGUUAGAGAGUGGCACCAAGACUUGCCCUGACCUGACAGCCGCAGUCUCACGGAAACUUCCUGUGCACGGACCAACCGAAUAAUUUCUACCCAUCAUCCAAACGAAUCAGCAACUUCCCCCCACCGAGAAAUCACGACCAUGGCAACGGCAAUGUCAACGAUCGUCAAACUCGUCCCGACAAAAGCCCUCCCGCCGAGAGAACGUCUCCAAGAGCUAGCCAAAGUCCUGCCUCCCCCUUUCCCUCCGCUCUUCUCCCCCUCCCCCCCUCUUCUGACUCAACCACCAUCACAACCCGCACUAACCCACCCGUAGACAUCAGCCCGCAUAUUCUCCACAACCUACAACCCGCAAAACCUACGCACAGGCAAUCGCGUACUACGCGAGCGUCUGAGGGGCCCGACCCUGCUGGACUACUACCUCCCCGGCCGACGCUUCGGCAUCCCGGACCUGCGACGACACUUCCCCAUGCUGAGCUUCGUGGACGAGGAGGAGCGGCAGCGACUGCAGGACGUCCAGAGCAAGAAGGCUCGCGGCAAGGGCGCGCCGAAGAAGAAGAGGGAGGGCAACGAUAAGAAGAAGAAGAAGGCUAAGGUCGUAGGGGGGGGUGGUGAGGGGUACGUUCGGGCCAAGCUUUAGAUUUUUGGGAAGGCGAGAUUUGGCGGAGAGGGGAGAAGGAGAGGUUGUAUUAUAUCACGGGGCUUUUUUUUUAAAUAUAGAGAGAAUUGUAUGAUACGAUGUUUUGCUCGUCGUAUACAAUAUCUAUCCGGUAUCAUACUUGGAUAUUACAUGAUGGUGAAG